UCAACGCUGACAGGAAGAAGCGCUCUUUCGACUCUUGUUGGAGGUUUUAUUUGAGCAGCUGCUAAUAUUUCAAGCGGAUCAUACCACAACUGUAUCUCGGCUUCCUUCAUUUUUCUGCAGGCCUAUGCGGACAACUUUUAAAAAGUCUGGUAGUUUGAAAGUGAGUUGUUGAAAGGGACUCAGUGUCGGGAGAAAACUCAAUAACUGAAAGCUUGAGAUGACUUCUGGAGGUCUGGGGCUUACCGAGGAAUUGGGGCAGGACAUAAGCCAAGCGGAAUUAGACUUUUCAGACAUCUUUCUCUACAACACAACGGGAGAAGAUUUCCCCGUUCAAGAUGACCCAGGUACUCUCCUUCAGAAUGACAGCCAGCCUCCCUUGCUGGUGGUUGAUCAUCAUGUCGCAGACGUCUCAGCUAUGGCCCACCCAGCGUCGAACCACACCUUCCCUCAAAGUACCACCUCAGACAACCUGUCAGGGGCUGUGUUUGAGUGCCUGGGGCUGACGUCCGGGGUCAGUAACAUCCCUGCCCCCAGCCCCAGGAUUGAGAUCACUCCGUCAGGUGAUUCUCUAAGCUCUCACACCCUGGAGCCAAGCCCUGGCUCUAAAGCUCUGGGGGCCUACAGGGAGUGUGUGAGCCCUGCUAGCAGUAACUCCUCCACAGGCUGGCCAGCGGAUAUCUGUUCUCCCUUGAAUUCCCCCAGUGUUUCCCCUCCAAAUGGAGGUAACUACGGCAUCUCCAGUCCUGCCUUGGACCUGUGCCCAGGCUUGCAGAGCAUCCAUACUUCCUCUGCACACUCCUCUCCAGGAGCCUCGCCCCACAACAGCAUCACAGAUGAGACCUUCCUGCAGCCGCAUCAUCAGCGCACCACCUCUCCACUUCCCCACCAGCGUUCCCGCCCCACCUCACCACAAGGAAAGCGCUGUUUUGACCAAGCCCACUCCUGUCAGGGGGGUACACCCAUAAAGCAGCGCUCCCGGAGCCCCAGUCCCAUCCCAUCGCCCCACGACCAGCAGAGGCCCUACUACAUCCACCAAUAUCAGACCCAAGCUGAGUUUCAGCCCCAUGUUCAGAAAGCACCACAGGCUCUUGAGGAGAUGCUGAACACCCUCAGUUCAGGCUUGCCCAGAGGUGUGGCUUCUACAGGGAUGAGAGGCACACAUGCACAGCCCCCAAGACAGGACUGUGUGUAUGGAGACAGGUAUGACUGGGCAGUUGAACAUGAGAGGAUGGCCAGGUCUGAGGCUGAAGUCAAAUCUGAGCCCUUCUACAUUCUCCCAGCUGUGUGGCCUCCCACUCAGCCAGUGCAUCAAGCUGCAAGGUCCACAUUCAGUGGUCUCCCUGUGGCGCCACUUCCCUCCUUAGAGUGGACAUUGCCCAGUCAGUCCAGCCAGUACGAGCUACUGAUCCAGCAGCAGCCCAGAUCCCACCAUAGAGCUCAUUAUGAGACUGAGGGGAGCCGGGGAGCUGUCAAGACACCCAAUGGAGGCCAUCCUGAGGUUCAGCUUCUUGGAUACCAAGGCGCAACUGCGGUGGUGCUGCAGGUCUUCAUUGGGACAGCAGACGAGAGGCUCCUGAAACCUCACGCCUUCUACCAGGUCCACCGUAUCACUGGGAAGACCGUUACCACGCCCAGCCUGGAAAGGAUGAUCAGUGGGACAAAAAUCUUGGAGAUCCCUCUGGAGCCAAAGAGCCACAUGAGAGUGAUGAUUGACUGCGUCGGGAUCCUGAAGUUAAGAAAUGCAGACAUCGAACUGCGGAACGGUGAGACGGACAUUGGACGGAAGAACACGCGCGUUCGUUUGGUGUUUCGUGUCCACAUCCCUGAACCUGGAGGCCAUCUUGUAUCUCUUCAAGUCGCUUCUCAUCCCAUUGAAUGCUCCCAACGCUCAGCUCAGGAGUUCCCGGCGGUCGAGAGGCAGGACCUGGACCGCUGCUCCGUACUUGGUGGUCAGCAGAUGGUCCUAACUGGACAGAAUUUUACGUCCGACUCCAAAGUGAUAUUUUCUGAGAAGACACAAGAUGGUCAGCAAAUCUGGGAAGUGGAGGCUACUGUGGACAGAGACAAAACCCAAGCUAAUAUGCUGUUCGUUGAGGUUCCUCCUUAUCGAGACCGAAACAUUUGCCAGCCGGCUAAAGUCAACUUCUAUGUCAUCAACGGAAAGAAGAAACGCAGCCAGCCUCAACAUUUCAUCUACACGCCUGUCAUAGCAAUCAAGGCAGAACCUCUGGAUGACUACCAUUUGGAUUCAUACAACUGCUCAGAUAACCAUCACCUAGCUGCCAUUUCAAUGAGGUCCCUUUACCAUCACUUGGAGCAAGAUAUUAACCCUCCGACCUUGAAUGCUUCAUCAACACUCUACCAUCUAGCCAAUGUAGACCCCAGAAGCCACAUGCUACCGCCCGAUUCUCUUGAUGAGCCAGCUUAUUACCAGUCUAGAACUGGUAAUCUCCUCAAUAACCCAGUGAUGUACCACACUGCAAAUCAGCUCUAUAGCAACUGUAGCGCCAACAUGCUGUCCUAUCCUGUCUCCGCUCCCAGUCCGUGUGUCAGUGUUCGAACCCCCAUGGCCAUACUGGCCGAAGGUCCACAGGUUGGAGAUUCAUUCGAAGCCUGUUUGGUGUCAAGGCAUCAGGGUUUUGUGCCGCCUCUUGGAAAGUCACCACCUUCAAGAUAUGUUCAAGUAAAAACAGGAAGCCAGAUUCAGCCAUUCGGGCAGCCUCUUACCCAGAUCGAAUCUGCUAAAGAAAACCAUGAUGAUAAGGCUCCAGAGAAGAUAACCAUUAAGCAAGAGAAUCUCAGCUAUGCCUACCUGGAGGAUGUGGGGGAUCUUGGUGACUGAGGUCAGAAAGGCGCCAACCACAAACCUCAACAUCCCUGGUUCAAGUCAUGUGAAGGACGUUUGUUGCACUCCCCACCUUUCACUUAUCAUUUCCUGACACAAUACCUGUACUUUGAGCCAGUACCGAAAAGCAGAACAAGUUCAGACUGUGGCGACACCUAUUGGCAGCAUUAAAUAAAAGAAUCUAACCUGAUAACUAGGUACAUGCAUAAACUUCUUGUUUUCUGUUAUUCUAGUAAAUGACAUCAUAAGAAGAGACAUGAAAGGCCACAGUGGAGAAUAAUCGUGCAACACUUUGGCAUCUCUGAAGACAAUACCUCUAAAAUCUAAGCAGAGUGUAACCAGUAAACGGGAUGCUUGAUGGCAACCAUUUAAAAAAUAUUUUACAAGCUAAUACAAUAUGGGUUUGUAUGGUUUUUAUUUCAAGAUAGCAUCAUGUUACUGUUGGAUUCAGGAAGAAAAGUGGUUCAGCUUUCUAAGAGCUUCAAAAACAGUCAACCAUUUAUAAAGAUAUACUAUGUAUCAAUUUUUCCUUUAAUAAUAUUUGAAUUAUCUCUGUUCAUAUUAUUGUACAAUUGUUCUUUUAGGAAUGUAGAAACUAUUUUAUAUGAAAUAAAUUCUGUUUAUAAGA